AUGGAGCGCGGAUUGAAAGCGUCUAUACUGUUGGCCACCAUUGUGUGCGCCUCAGUCUCUACAGCCAAGUCCGAAUGUACCGAUAAAACUGCUCCCAUGCAGAUGCGUCUGGCAUAUGCUGGAGACCGCGGCAUGACCGUCAGCUGGAAUACCUACUCCAAGCUGGACCAUCCCUCUGUUCGAUACGGACUGCAUCCUGAUUCCCUUGAUCGCAAGGCAGUUUCCGAUGUGUCGGUCACUUAUCCUACCUCCACCACCUACAACAAUCAUGUCAAGAUCAAUGGUCUCAAACCAGAUACUCUGUAUUACUACCAGCCGCAGUGUGGCAAUUCCAGCCAGAUCUAUAGCAUGAAAACUGCUCGUCCGGUUGGUGAUAGCACCCCGUUCACCAUUGCCGUGGCUGGUGAUAUGGGGCUGAUUGGUCCUGACGGUUUGACGACCACUACUGGUCCUAAUGGAGGCACUGCACCCCUCGGUCCCGGUGACAACAACACCAUUCAGUCGAUGGAGUCGCUGAAGUCUGAAUGGGACUUUUUCUGGCACCCUGGUGACAUUGCCUACGCCGAUUAUUGGCUGAAGGAGGAAGCUCAGGGUUUUCUUCCCAACUACACCGUCGCCGACGGUCAAGCACUGUAUGAGAAGUUCUUGAAUGAAUAUUUCGAUGAGAUGACUGCUCUUACUGCCGAUCGUCCUUAUAUGGUUGGACCUGGCAACCACGAUUCCAACUGUGACAACGGUGGUACAACCAGCAACGGUGUCGCCUACAACAUCAGCAUCUGCCCCGUCGGCCAAACCAACUUUACUGGUUUCCGUAACCAUUAUCGCAUGCCUAGCCAGGAGUCCAGCGGCGUUGAAAAUUUCUGGUACUCCUUCAAUCACGGCAUGGUUCACUUCAUCCAGUUGAACACCGAGACCGACAUUGGCGGUGGCUUCGUUGCUCCUGACGAGCCUGGUGGUUCUGAGGGCAUGAAUUCGGGUCCCUUUGGAUCUUAUCCAAAUGAACAGCUUGACUGGCUCAAGAAUGAUCUGGAGAGUGUGGAUCGUAGCAAGACCCCUUGGGUUAUUGCCGCCGUCCAUCGCCCUUGGUACGUAAGUGCCAAAAACACUAGCGGCAGCAUCUGCACCAUCUGCAAAGACGUCUUUGAGCCCUUACUCGUCGAAUACGGCGUUGAUCUCGUCAUGCAAGCUCACACCCACUAUUACGAGCGCAAUCAGCCCCUGAACAACUAUGUCAUUGACCCCGCGGGCCUCAACAAUCCUCAGUCUCCAUGGUAUAUCACGAGCGCUGCACCAGGCCACUACGAUGGUUUGGACAGUCUUGUCCGUCCUCUUAAGCCUUAUGUGGUUUAUGCUCAGGAUACUGCUUAUGGAUGGAGCAAGAUUACCUUCCAUAACUGCUCGCAUAUGACUCAUGAGUUUGUGGCUAGUCGGAAUAAUACUAUCCUUGACACUGCUACGCUUUUCAAGGAUCGCAAGUGCGAGCCUGGGACUGGUGGCGACGAUGGUGGUGACGACACCUGCGAAAUCUAA